CUGUUGGAGAAACUACAGAGGAACAUCAGGUCAUUAAAUCAAUGUUUUCAGCAAAAUUAUACAACUUUAGAAUAUUCAGUCACUCUUAAACAACAGACACCUUUUUGAACACGUGUUAUGUUGUUCAAAAUUUAUUGCAAAUGAAAGAUGGCUAGCAUUUGAUAUUGAUACAAUGUUGCACUGUACAUUUCCCUGCACCCGCAGUAGGCUAGUAGUUAUGUUGCACUUCUUAAGCCAUAACACUUAUCACGUCUUUUCUCACCUUUUCUCCCAGUGUGGUAUAGUGUAAAAUACAAGUCACGAUUACUUAAAAUGAUCAUCAGGCACAUGUAGGUACCAUGGUUAUACCCGAGGAGCCGGACUGACCAGCUCAAAGAUUGAUAUUAGGCUACACUGUUACAAAUUUCAACUUGUCAACUUAAUUUCAACACCAUCGUGAAAAAUAAAAUAAGGACAUUUGUAAGCAUGAACAACAAUGAUUUCAGAAUGGAAAAAUGUCCUCCCAUUAAAAAUAUCCACUUUCAUAUUAACAAUAAGUUAGGCCACUCGCAAACAGUUUUGGCCACACCUAGAUCCUGUCCUAUUUUCAUAAAAAUGAGGAGCCUUUUCUUGUGCAUUUGUUGUGUGCCGGUGAGUACCCGGCUGUGUAACUUGAUAGGGGGCUUCGAGAGGGAAUAAGGGAAUGUGGGGCUGCAAUGGAGCAGAAUGCAAUACAGUGGUUAGGUGCUCCCUCCUGCCUGCGUGGAUCCUUUGCCUUCUAUAAGUCAGUGAGCUGUGAGGCCUUGGCUGGGGCCCCUGCACUGGUCUGGAAACUGGGGGAGUUCUACUAUGUCCGCUGUGGCCCCCAAGAACCUGUGUGCAUUGCUGAGGUGACUUUACUGUGGGAGGACCAGGCCCAACGCCAUCUACUGGCCAGCUCCAGACUUUACUUCCUCCCUGAGGAUACUCCCAAGGGCAGGACCAGAGAGCAUGGAGAGGAUGAGGUGUUGGCCGUCUCUAAGAAGAUAGUGGUGCGGGUGGAGGAUCUGGUGAGGUGGACCUGUCCUGAACCUCCAGGAUGGAAAGGAGGAAGCCAGAAGUCCAGCGAGACUAACAGUCAUCACAAACCUACCCCCAUCAUUACCAAUGGACCCCCAGCAUCACUCAAAGAGAAGGGUGAGAGUGCGCGUCUGGGAGUCAAGGUGCUCAGCUACCCCCAGUACUGCCGCUUCCGCUCCCUGCAGAGACGCAUUCAGGACGGGAUGGUGUUGGGGAUGCAGGAUCCCCAUCUGCUGGCCCUGGGGGGGAUCAGGGUGGCCCAACACAACACCCGGGUCCUCUACUGYAGGGACACCUUCAACCACCCCACCCUGGAUAGCAACACCAGUGUCUGGACACAGCUGGGAUGCACCUCCCUCAACUUGAAGGGGCGACCCCUCAAGAGAAGAGGAAGGCCAGAAGGCCAGAAAGCUGUGGAGCCACCAGCCCUCAACCAAUCAGAGUCCUGGAUAGAAAGAAUAACGGAAAAUGUGAUGGGCAGUGUGGAGAUGCAACGAGAGGGGGGCUGUCUCCCCCACCCUGAGGAGCAGAUGUUCCUGGAUCAACUCUACUGCUACAUGGAGCGCUGCGGCUCACCCAUCAGCAAGGUGCCCAACCUCGGCUUCAAGAAGAUUGACUUGUUUGUCAUGUACUCUGUAGUCAAACAGUUGGGGGGCCAUGAGAGGGUGACGUCCCAGCGUCUGUGGAAGAAAGUGUAUAAUGAACUAGGAGGAUGCCCGGGCAGCACCAGCGCUGCCACCUGCACCAGGAGGCACUAUGAGAGGCUGAUUCUUCCUUACGAGGAGCACAGAAACGGAGGUGGUGCAGAACUAAAACUCCCAGCAUCCUCUGGGCCUACCCGGGUUAGGGGGAUGAGUGGGAGGAGACCGCUGGUGAAGGGGAGAGGAGCAGAGACCAACCAGGAGAAGAUUGUAACCCCUACCCCUCCAACUAUUUCUCCAGACGGUGUGGUGGUAGUGAAGAGAGGCCGUGGUAGACCUCCAGGCAAAAAGAACCAGGUCAAACUCCUAGUCUCCAAGGCCAGUCCAGUGGUACUGUCUCCCCCAGCUAAACCUAGCCUGGACCUUGUGGCCCAGCCCCCUCUCCAGGCCCCCUCUCUCGAGUCCCUGUCUGUGCUCCAGGGACUAAACCUGGCCAACCUGCCACUAACCCCAGACCUGUYUCCCAUGUCUGCCCCCUUCCUCCUGCCCAAAACCGAAAGGGAGGUAAAGAUGGAGAACGGGGAUUCUCCAGCACCAUCACCCACUCUGUCUCCUGCCACUUUCUUGCCUGCUUUCCCCAGGCUCCACACAGGGGGGUCCUUCGGAGGGUUCAGCCCCACUAAAGGCCUCUGUACCCUUGAUCUCUUUAGGAGCCGACUGGGCCUCACUAGCCUGGACACCCCUGGUCUAACCCCCCAGAACCCUGCCUCCCACCAGCCCUCCAGCCUUUACCUCCAGGCCAAGACAGGGAGCCCAAACACCACCCUUCUCAAUGGGAACCAGCMCCACCCCCAGUCUCACCAUCAGUCCCACCACCAGUGCUGGGGGUGCGGGCUGGAUGAGGAAGCCCAGAGGGGGGGUAGCAGCAGCACCAGGGAGGUCCGUAGCAGUAGACCUCCCCUGCCCCCUCUCCGGGUCCUCCCCCUGGACCUGGACUGCAGCCUGCAGGUGCGCCAGCUGAUGCGUACGCGGUUGGGCUCGGCCCAGCUCCACUCUUUCACCAAGCGGCUGUCGGAGGUCUUAGCCCAGGACCUGAGUAGCAAGCCACAUCUGCCUGUCACCCCUCCCCCAGAGCAGGCCCUGCCCCUCAACCUCAGCAAGUGCUACACCACCAAAAGAUCUGCCUUUGAUGAAACUGACUACAGGAUGUCUUCAGGGGAUCAGGAUAAUGGUGACUCCACACUCCCCUUAGCUAAAAGCCGUAGAGUGGAGUCGUGUGAUGAGGCUGAGGACUUGAGCUCACCCAGCAGGGCCAGGGCUUUCCUCCUGGAGCUGCCCCAGCACACCACAACCACCACCAGCCCAGACACCUCUACUACACCUACCCAGCUUUUCCUCACCAAGUCUGGGGAGGCCUGGGGAGACACCCCCCUGGAGAACCAGGGCAGGACGUCUGACUCUGAGCCAGCAAUCCAGGUGAAGGUGGAAGAGGACCUGAGGGAGAGCAGCUUGGUGGAGCCUGAGGAAGACUGCUCUGUAAGGACAAAGCAGGCGAAAGUGGAAGAGAGAGAAACUGUAAAGAUGGAUAGGGAAGAAGAGAAGAGGGAGGAGGUUGAAACCGUUAUCAUUGAGGAUGGUGUACAAACGCAAUCAGAGAAAGAUGAGAUGGAGGGGAGGAAACUAGAGAGGAUAGAAAAACAGUGUAAUACCAUAAAGAUGGGCGACGGCAUAUCAGAGAGGGUGAAGGGGACUGAGGAUUCCUUAGCCCACUCUGCCAGUGACUCUGGGGGCCAGCAAGUGCCAAUGGAUGAUGAGGAGAUGGAAUGUGAUGUUGGGGCAUCUAUCAAAGGGCUGCCCAGUCCUAUCCUACCCCCAACCCAGGCCCAGCCAAGCUGCCUGAACACCUGCACACAACCUCAACAGCACAUAACAGACUCAUGACCAACACCAACAAUCACUACACCACUCUACCUUAUGGGAGGAUACUCUCAAACACACAAUCAAAGACUAAUCCUAUAAACUCCGUAACGACUCCCACACACACACACUUUGAAACACUGCCAUUGCCUUUAGAUGACACCAUUAUAUUGUUCUGUAUGCAUCAUACAACUUUCGUGCUUCUAACUUUAUUACACAAAAAUUAGAGUGCUUACAACAAUCCACCAAUUUCCUGAAAAGGAUUGGAUAAAAGAUGUGCCUUAAAUCUGUUGCGCUCUGAUUUCUAGUCAUUCACACAGUACAACAGCCAGGGGUGUAUCCAUUGCCAAAUGGAACGAAAUGGGAAGGGACCUAUCUGAAUUUGUACAAUAGCAACUGUAGUUGUCAUUGCAAACCAUUUUUCCAUUGCGAAAUGCUUUGCUACAAUGUGCACCAAUGAAUACACCCCAGGAAACAGUGUUUGAGUCCUAUAUGUACUUCCUGUUUGCGAGUCUUAAACACUGACAGGAUUUGCACACCUACUGUACUUGUUCCUUUUUUUCUUUCUUUUAUGAGGCAGUCAUUUAUGAAUAUUUCCUCUGAUGCCAAUUUUGUGGUAUUUUAAUGUUUGUGUCUAGUUUAGAGAAACAAUGCUGACACCACUUGAGGUUUUUAGUCCUUGGUGCCUUGAUCAGAGUUUGACCCCAGUAAGUCUGUCAGACAGUUGGUAUGUUGUAUCUUGUGUAUGGACCUGGGGUGUACUCCGAUCUGAUUUAGAGUAGCAGGGGAAUUCUAUUGACUACAAGAACCAAAGGCCUUUCAUAACUCGUUCAAUAGAGAGAGUACAAGUUUUCAGUUGUGCUUUAUAGAUUUUUCUAAAUAAUUUUAAAGAUAUAUCCCUGUUGAUAUAUCUUAUAUAUCUAGAUCAAAAAUUGGAGCUAUUUGUGGUUCAUCCUGUUAGUGUUGAGUGUCUAUCCUCAUUGCAGCCUGAUGUAUUUCUUUAUGUAUAAAAGGGGCAGCGUACCUUUGGUGAAAGGGCCACAUUGCGUGAGUGGCCAAAAUGUUCUAGUUGAGCUACACAUAAUUUUGGUUUGAUAAGUUCCUCAUCGAGUUGAAUAGGGUUUAGGUAUUUAGUUAAAUUAUUGUUUGUGUAGCCUUUUGAUGUUAUUUUGAUCAUUUAGAGUUUAAAAUCAAAUGUUUACAUUCAAUAAUGCAACAGUAAUAUUAAGUUGAUUUUGUAUCUUUAGUGCUUUGCAGAUGGUCAGACUGGUACUGUAUUAGAGUUGGUUCACAGUAUUCCUACUUCUGGAAUGGGAACAAGAGUCUAUCUUCAUUCAACUAUGGUGGACUUAAAAAGAUUCUCUGCUACUUUUUUAUACUUUUUAGCCAGUAGUUCUGAAAGUAGCACUUAUGAGCCAAAAGUAGUCCCGGAAGAUUGCGUACUACGUCACAUAUGCAGAUAUGUGCGCCACUUCAUUGCUCGCACUCACUCUCUCUAUUAAUCUCUCUCACUCACUGAGCUGUUGGGCCCGCCCUGCAACCUCAUUGGAGAACACUGGGCAGGCCUAUUGCUAGCUGUCACAUUGCUAGCUGUCACAUUGCUAAGGGGCUGGCCCACUAGAGAUUUUGUGGCUAAUUGAGGUAAAACAGUAAUUCUGCUCAUAAAUUAUGCAUGUAUGAACUACACAUUGACACAUCCAUCCCAAAGCGGAAGGAUUACAAAAUACUUUCUUAGUUGCCAAAGUACCAGAGAAUGUCUUUAAAAUAUUCUUAGAAAAAGAAGAAAUAGCAUAUGGAAUUGAUUUGCAGUUGACUCCGAUCUACUGUCUCUUAUUUUCCCCCUUUUAUUACUUGAACAACUGCUACAGAGUUAAUGUCAUGUAGUUAUAUAUCUAUUUAAACCUGUGUAUCAGUUGAGCUCAUCUUGCUCAUGGCAGACAUCUGUCUCUGGUAUUCCUUUUGCUGUUUGUGAGAGUAAGACCAGUGCCAUGCACAUCUUGACUCCUGUACUCUGACAAUUGAUUAUAUGGUAAUUUCAACCAUUUUUGUUUUAACACUGUAUAUUUAUAUUAAAGAUGUAUCUGUUAAAAGGUG